GGGGGCGGCAGCGGUGGCCCGGGCAGCGGGUACAUCGGCAGGGUGUUCAGCAUCGGCCGCUACCAGGUGACGGUGGACGAGGUGCUGGCGGAAGGUGGAUUUGCAAUAGUCUUUCUUGUGAGGACUAACAAUGGGAUGAAAUGUGCCCUGAAGCGGAUGUACGUCAAUAACGAGUAUGACUUGCAAGUCUGCAAAAGAGAAAUCCAAAUCAUGCGGGACCUAUCUGGCCACAAGAACAUUGUCGGGUACAUUGAUUCCAGUAUAAACUCAGUAAGCAGCGGCGACGUCUGGGAAGUGCUGAUACUGAUGGACUUCUGUCGAGGAGGUCAAGUGGUGAACCUCAUGAACCAACGCCUGCAGACGGGGUUCACGGAGAAUGAGGUCCUGCAGAUCUUUUGCGACACCUGCGAAGCCGUAGCCAGGUUGCAUCAGUGUAAAACGCCAAUAAUCCACAGGGAUUUGAAGGUUGAAAACAUCCUGCUGCAUGAUCGUGGCCACUAUGUCCUGUGUGACUUUGGAAGUGCUACUAACAAAUUCCAGAACCCUCAAACAGAAGGGGUGAAUGCGGUGGAGGAGGAGAUCAAAAAGUACACUACGUUAUCCUAUAGAGCACCAGAAAUGGUCAACCUGUAUAGUGGCAAACUUAUUACUACAAAAGCAGACAUAUGGGCCCUUGGCUGUUUGCUGUACAAGCUGUGUUACUUCACCUUGCCGUUUGGGGAGAGUCAGGUGGCAAUCUGUGAUGGCAACUUCACCAUUCCAGAUAAUUCUCGGCACUCGCAAGACAUGCACUGCCUCAUCCGGUAUAUGCUUGAGCCAGACCCCGAUAAGAGACCCGAUAUUUAUCAGGUCUCCUACUUCGCGUUCAAACUGGCAAAGAAGGAAUGCCCAGUCCAGAACGUCCAGAACUCUCCAAUCCCCGCCAAACUCCCAGAUCCGGUCAAAGCAAGUGAAGCUGCUGCAAAGAAGAGUCAGCCAAAGGCCAGGCUGACAGAUCCCAUCCCUACGACGGAAACUUCCAUAGCACCCCGCCAGAGACCUAAAGCAGGACAGACACAACCCAACCCUGGAAUUUUACCCAUUCAGCCAGCCCUGACGCCUAGGAAGAGACCCACGGCCCAAGCAGCCAUUCAGCCACAAGUUGCAGGACCUGCUGCCCUGGGCAGCAGUCAGCCUUCACUCCCUGCAAGCGUCCCCCAGCAAAAAGCAGCACCUCAACAGACUCCGGCACAGCCACAAGCCAAGCAGGUGCCCGCUCCGCAGCAGGCCUCGCAGGCGCAGCCCCAGGUCCCUUCUACUCAGCCACAAGCCACACCUCAGCAUCAACAGCAGCUUUUCUUGAAGCAGCAGCUUCUGCAACAGCAGCAGCAGCAGCAACAGGCCGCCUAUUACCAGCAGCAGCAGAUGAUGCAAGCUCAGCAGUUCCCAGUGAUGCAGCAAGGAGCGCCAGCACAGCAGCAGCUGAUGCAGAACUAUUACCAGCAGCAGCAACAGCAGCAGCAGAUGAUGGCCCAGCAGGCAGCGAUGCAGCAGAAGACAGCAGUAGCAGCAGUUCAGCAAAAGCAACAAGCCCCGGUGCCGCCGCAGCCCCAGGCCCAGCAAAGCGCGGCCCAGCCGGCGCCGGCGCAGGAGCAAGUGAUGCAGGCACAAAUGAGGCAACAGCAAAAACCUCAAACCACCCCCCCCCCAGCAGUGCCAGGGCAGAAGCUGGGCUCUCUCACCCCUCCAUCCUCCCCCAAGACCCAGCGUGCAGGACACAGGAGGAUUCUGAGCGAUGUGACCCACAGCGCGGUUUUUGGGGUUCCAGCCAGCAAGUCUACCCAGCUCCUGCAGGCGGCGGCUGCUGAAGCCAGCCUCAACAAGUCCAAAUCUGCUUCCACCACACCCUCGGGUUCCCCAAGGACCUCACAGCAGAAUGUCUAUAACCCGCCCGAUGUCUCCACGUGGAAUCCGUUUGAUGAUGAUAACUUCUCCAAACUCACAGCCGAGGAGCUGCUGAACAAGGACUUUGCAAAGCUAGGUGACGGGAAGGCUCCAGAAAAGAUGGGCAGUUCCACAGAGAACUUGAUUCCGGGUUUCCAGCCGGCUUCAUCUGCAGCCCAGGCAGAUGCAUUUGGUGGCUCUUCCUUCACUGCUGGAUCAGCUGAAAAAACGAAAGACAUUCUGAGUUUGGACACUAGCCCUCCUCUUCUGACUGUGCCUGAUCCUUUCAUUCCUCUCCCAUUAUCUGACACGCCAGGUCUGCAGAGGGAUCCGUCCCUAUUCCCAGUGGUAGCUCUUGAACUCUGUAAAGGACCUUCUGGCAGCGAUGGACUCGCUUUGUACAAGGGUCAGUCUGAGAUACUGGAGGUGAAAACGCAGCGCAACGCAGAGUCAGACUACUUAACGAGAGACGGUCCUUCAAGCAACAGCUCCUUCUACAGUAGCGAAGGAGAGGGGACGGACCACGAAGGAGAUAUUUUGGAUUGUAGCGGCUCCAGGCCUUUACUGAUGGAUUCGGAAGAGGAGGAGGAAACCUGCAAGUUGUGCACGGGGUUCCUGCAGUCUGCGCCCAGGGAAAGACGUGAGGCCUCCAAAGAAGAUCCCCACUCCCACUCCUCCCAGGCGAGAGCAGGGGAGAUGCUGUUUCCUGCCUUCCAGUCGCACACCGGGGAGGUUUUUAACGAACCGGAUGUUUUUGCCACGGCUCCUUUUCGAAGCUCGAGAAAAGUGCCUGAUGAGGUGGAUGUCUUUACCAAAGCUCCUUUUAUCUGCAAGGGCAACGUGGCUCUUAGACAUCCAGAAGAAGCGGAUGUAUUUCUGAGAGCCCCUUUCACUAAAAAGAAAAGCAUGGAAGAGUUGACUUCCCAGAGUGUGUCUAAGGAACCGUUCGCACCACCCGUUUUCCUAAGUCAAGGAGGCGAUGUCCCACACAGAGCUAACCCGAUGUUCCCAAGCCUGGAUCCAGCAAUGCAUGGGUCCAUGGCCUCGGCGAGAUCUCAGUAUCCCUCUACCGGGUUUACUCAGCAUCCCUCUUCCGUAAGAGCCGUGGAGACCCAGGAAAGCAUCCCUUCUAAAGGCGUGCCGCAAGAGCAGGGCGGCGUGCCCGGCGAGAGAAACCAAGGAGGACACGCGCUGCCCCAGGAAGCCGUGCUGGGCUCCGUCGUUAACAAGCCUUUCCGUCCACAAUCCUUGUCAAAAUAUUCCCGUCACUACAGUCCAGAAGAUGGGCAGGGGCUGGAAGUCAAGCCCAUAGCUGCUUACAAAGUGGUUUCUCAGACCAACAGACAGGCGAUAGCAGGAUCUGUCUCCGUUGCCCCUCUGUCUUCCAGGACUACAGAGCUGCCUGGCGCGGAUCCCUUUGCUUCAGCACCCUUCCCUUCCAAAGCGGGAAAGCAAAAGCCUUAAUCUGCUGUGAGCUGGGACGUCUGCUUCCCGUAGGACCACCUCUCACAGGACCUGGAACCUCUUAGCUGAAAUGAAUGACAUAGCAAUAUAUAUAUAUAUAAAAAAAAAAUUAUUAUUUUUUGGUCAGAACUCUAUUUGCAGUGAUAUAUAGGUGGACCCUUUUAAGUUAUGUUAGCCUGAAUGCCUGGCUCUCAGGAUCUUCAUAUCCUUUUCAGUUGCUUUUUACCUUCCUCCUCUCACUGUCCUCCUCCCCCCAUUUAUUUUUUAGAUGCUUUUCCAAACCAGUAAUAUUCUGUAUUGUCUGGUCCUGGCUGGGGAAAUGCAUUAUAAGAUGAAUGAAAAGGUUUAUUAAUUACAGAGCAAGUCAAGCGGGGCUUGCUAGUGCUCUGGAAAGGAAGCGAUUUCACAGGUUAAAGCGUUAUUGCGACUCCCGUCCUCUCUGGGGACUUGGGGAAGAGAGC